CGUUUCAAAUGCGAGAUCCCUGGAGAGAUCAAGCUAGUAACCCGAAAGGGUUACAGUCACACUAUUGUGGUUUCCAAAAACCAAGAAAAGCUUGUCUUUACAGUGGGUUGGAGGCAGUUCGUUGGAAACUAUGAUCUACAGAUGGGGGAUUCCUUAAUAUUCAAAUACAACAGGAACUCUCAGUUUGAAGUCAUAAUCUUUGAUAAGCUUGAUCGUGAAAAAGCAUUAUCGGUUGUUCAGGAUCCUUUUAUGCCUCAGGUUCAAGAAAGGCGCAACGAGGCACAUGAAAUCGGAUCUUCUAAAAAGAUAGAUGUGCCUUGUGAAAGAUGUAAUAGCUGGGAUGAAUAUCACUAUACAAACCUGGAUGAUAAGAAGAAAUGUUUCAUGAUGCUUAUGAUGGGCAAUUUUCAACGAGAUGAUCAUCCCAGAAGAAUUUGUUCGGCGUUUCAAGGGUGAGUUCCCAAGAGAGAUGAUACUUGAAACAAAAAAUCGUUGCAGUUACAUAAUUGGAGUUGCCAAGAACAAGGAAAAGCUUGUCCUCACAGUGGGAUGGGGGAAAUUCGUCGAAACCUUUGGCCUAGAGAUGGGUGACACCAUAGUAUUCAGAUACAAUGGAAACUCACAGUUUAGUGUCAUAAUCUUUGAUAAACUUGGCUGUGAGAAGGCAUUAUCAGUUGUUCCGGAUCUUUUUCCGCCUCCUGUGCAAGAGAGGUGCACAAAUGCUACUGACACUGUGAAAAGUUCACAGCCCAUACAAAUGCAGCCUUUUGGUAGAGUGAAUGGGCUGCCAGUGGAGUCACCACCAACGAAAAGGCAGCGGCACUUCCAAAUGGAAGUGGACGAGUCAUGUCAAGGCAAAAUCACUGCGAUAAAUAUUUCCUCCGCCGAGCCAUCUGGAGAGUCUUUCUUGUCUGAAGAUAGCCAUGGAGCAUGUGAUGUGCCUGAUUCCAAUUACUUUCUCAGGAAGAAGAAGGCCAAUCUAUCUUCAUUUCUUUGCGAAGAAGAAUCUUUCUCCUCUGAAGAUGGCUAUGGAGUACGCGAUGCCUGUGUCAAGAAGAAGAAGGCCACACUAUCUUCAUCUCAGAAGGAGCAGUUGAAGGACGGUUACAUUACCAUGCACAAGGCCAAACUAAGUCCAGCUCAGAAGGAAGUGGUGAAGCAGAAGGUCCAAUCUAUACACUCAGAGAUCCCCAUCUUUGUUGCUGUGAUGGGCAAGAUGAACCUUGAUUCAAGAUUCGUUCUGACUUUACCCAGCCAGUAUGCUAAGAAAUAUCUUGGUGAGGAGCCACGCCUGUAUCUUCAGUUGCUUGGGGACAAGUGGGAGGUGGGGUUUCCUGACAACACCGGCGAUAGAAGGAUCGUAAGUGGAUGGAAACAGUUUGCACAAGACAACAAUCUGAAGAUGGGUGAUAUCUGCCUCUUCGAGCUGCUGAGCAAUCAGAAGAGAACUAUGGAGGUCUAUAUCAUCCCUGCGACUGAUUACAAUUACUCGGCAGGUGUCCAGAAUGAUGUGGACCAGGAAGCGCUCGAAGGUGGUUCAGCGCCGCUGCAGAGAGAGGCCCUUGCUCAUCAUGCGGAUGGAGCGCGUGAUCCUGACUCAAGGUUGCUUCGCAUCACCAACACUGAUGCUUGGAAGAUGAUGUUACCCCUGUUGGUGCCUGAUUCGCCGAAGGAAAAGCCUGUGGUUUCUGAACCAAGCAUACCUGCUGUUUUUGCGCUCUGGGGAAAACAAGCGUUCCCAUCGAUCACAAGGGCUCGGUUACGUAGAAAGUUGAAACUGUUCUGCUACCUUCGUUCUCGUAGCAGGCUAGUCAUGCACGCGGACUGGAACUCCCCUAGCUGUAGUUUUAGCUGCUUUAACCCUGGAAGCAUCAUGUGAUGGGAAGGGGCAAUUUGGUGCGUUGAAUGAUCCGUUGGGAGCCUAAAAAGCAGGUCUGACUCGUCAGACCUCGCUCGCGAGAAAAUCAGGAUACAGAGAAAAUACGAGGGGAAUAGUGCGUCUAGGUGGGCCACUUUCGUAUACGCAGAGGCGCCCAUGUGACUGCUCCAUCGCCUUAUUUUUCUGAGCCGUGGAACAUGACGUCGAGCGAAGACCCAUGGUGUUAUGUAUGAUUAUGAGGUGUUAGGAAAUGUGCGUCGACAUGUGUGUCUGUGGGUCUGGUGCGCGAGAACUUGUGAACGGAACAGGGAUGGCUCUGGAGAUCUUGGAUUCCGUUCCUCUCGGCAGAAGGUGAGGAAAACAGGGAGCGGCGAGCAGUGUGACCUCCGCCGGCAAGAAUGGAGGCCGACGGGAUGGAGUUCUUGCCGGAUCCGGUCGACAUGUUUCCCUGAGAGAGGAGUUCGUUGACGGCCUUGAACACCCGGAUCCGCCUGCUGUUUGCGGUGCUGCGGUGGAGAGCACCGGAGCCACCGGUGCCGGAGGACUCAAAUGCCGCCUCAGGCUGUGCACAGGCGCUGGGCGGCCGCAGUCCGCGUGGGCGUGUCGGCGACGACCAGCGUAGGAGGAAGGGUUCUCCAACACAGCCUGCACAUUCUACUGGGAAGGUGAAUACGGAAGCACGCUGAUGGACGCACAGUUAAUGUCCUCGAUUUUGUUUGGUUUUGU